AUGGCUGCCACCAUGGAGGAAAACCCACAUGAUGCAAGAAAUCGCCAAUUUUAUUCCCUCCCCGAGGAACCUGUUGCAUCUGAAUUUGCCGAAGAUAGCACAGAAUCAAAGGAAUCCCUUUUAAGUUAUAUUCGAAAUAAUGUUAUUGGAAAAGACAAGAUUUUUAGCGGACCAUUUGGAUUACGAAAAGUUACUUAUACAGACUACAUUGCAUCUGGAAGAGCUCUGAAAUUCAUUGAAGAUUACAUCCAAAAUGAAGUAUUGCCAGAUUAUGGAAACACACACACCACUACCAGCUUAACUUCUCUGCAGACAACACUGUACAGGGUUGAAGCAAGGGAUAUUGUUCGGAACUCUGUUCAUGCUAGUGAACAUGACUCUGUGAUAUUCUGUGGAAGUGGUACUACAGCAGCUGUUCAUAAACUCAUUCACGCACUAAAUCUGGAGAGGCCACCGGUAGUAUUUGUUGGGCCUUAUGAACACCACUCAAGCUUUCUCCCAUGGAUAAGCAUAAAUGCAGUAAUUGUAAGAAUUCAAGAAGAAAAGGGAGGCAGCAUAAAUAUUACAGACCUUGAGAGUAAAUUACAGCACUGGCAGUCAUCUGGUCAUCCUUUAAUUGGGUGUUUUUGCGCUGCCUCUAACGUCACUGGCAGUAUAGUGGAUGUCAACUCCAUCACCGUUUGUCUUCACAAGCAUGGAGCGCUCUCUUUCUGGGAUUAUGCUACAGCUGCUCCUUACGUCAAAAUUGACAUGAAUCCAGUGUUGACAAGCAGCGAGGACCAGCCAUAUGUAUACAAGGAUGCCAUUUUUAUGUCAGCACACAAGUUUGUUGGAGGAGUCCAAACUCCAGGUAUCCUGGUGGCAAAGAAAAAGCUUUUCAAGAAUAAAAUACCAGACAACUGUGGAGGAGGGACUGUAUUUUAUGUACGAAGAGAGAACUACAGGUUUCUACAAGAGCCAGAGUUUCGUGAGGAGGGAGGGACACCUGCCAUUGUAGAGUCUGUCAGGGCAGGGCUAGUGUUCCAGCUUAAAAAUGCAGUAUCUCCUCAAACAAUCAUGGAGAAAGAGGAGCAGCUUCGCAGUAUGGCUGUAGAGGCCUUCAAAGACUGUGACAACCUGGUACUACUGGGUAAUGCUGGAAACAAGAACAACAGCCUCCCUGUGUUCUCCUUCCUGAUUUACAAUCCUCAGGCAGGGAGGUUCCUCCACCACAACUUUGUGGCCAGUCUGCUGAACGACCUGUACGGGAUCCAGGCCAGAGGGGGUUGUGCCUGUGCUGGCCCCUACGCCAUGGAUUUAUUGGGGUUAGAUGAAGCAACUUCAGCUGAAAUAGAAAACCUGCUAGCAGAGGAUGAUAGGCUGGAUAGAACACACUUACGGCGAUACCGAGAGUAUUCACACAGAGAAAUCAUUAGACCAGGCUUUGUUAGAAUUAAUCUCCCCUACUUCAUGGAUGAAGAGACAGCUCAGUUUGUUUUAGAGGCUGUUAAAGCUGUAGCAAAAGAAGGAUGGAAACUACUACCACAGUACAUGUUUAAUCCUGAGACUGGGGAGUGGAGACAGAAAGAUUUCCAAGUUUUCAAAGACAGGAAGUGGCUGGGUCACAUUUCUUACAAAUCAGGAGAGAUGUCUUACAAAGUGCCUCCCCCAGUUGUCAAGGGACCUUUACCCACGGACUACAAUGAUUGCCUAGAGAAGUCCAGAGAACUUUUCAAACAAGCUGCAAAGACCUGCGGGUAUCAGCUACCAGAUCAUACCAACAUGUUUGAUGAUAAAGCCAAGAAGUACCGCUGGUUCCUGUUACCCAGUGAAGCGGCGGACAUUUUGUCUGGACACAAUGUACCGAACUUCUCCUCCCAGCUUCCAUUCUGUCCGCCUGCCCUCCGAGAGACAGCAAAUUUACCUCCCUUUGCAUUGGAGGUGACAAAGAAUAAUGGAGUUGUUUAUACUCCUGUAACAUUGAAUCUAUCUGAGACAAAAAGACAUACCAAUUUCUCAGAGAAACUAGUUCAGAACUUAGAAAAAGUACAGUGCAACUCUAACUGUUCAGAAAUUAAAGCUGAUGGCUGUGAUAGUGCCUGCAAUGUGAAUUCAAGUGAAGGAAAAAGUAGCUCUGAUUCUAAACAGAGAGGAGAAAGUAAAAUCUGUGAUGACAAUUCUAAAGCAACUUCAAAUUCAACAUGUCCUCUUGUGUGUGCUACAAGGAAAAGAGAUCUACAGGACAAAACUGUUGAAAGCCCUUCUCCAAAAGCUGCUUGCUCAAACUCAAAACAGAUGAAAAGUGAAACGAUAACUAAACAACAAUUGUUGGACAAUAAUGUUGGAGGAGAAAAAUCUGUCAAUGGUGAACAGAAUUCAAAGCCUGUACAAGCAAAGAAAUCCACAGCAAGUAAAUGGUUCUCUCCUCCAAAGGCAAUCUUUACAAAAUUCCUCAAGGGUUUAGAAGACUACAGCAUGCUGAGGGAGGGAGACCGGGUGAUGGUGUGUCUGUCCGGGGGGAAGGACUCUCUGUCUCUGCUACACACCAUCAGACAGUACCAGUUCUACUGUAAAGCCAAGGGACUGAAGUUUGAGUUUGGGGCUGUAACAGUGGACCCCCAGACCCCGUCCUAUGACCCCAGCCCUCUGAAGCAGUACCUGGCCAGUCUCGGUGUUCCUUACUUCUAUGAGUCACAGUGUAUCAUGGAUCAGGCCCAGAGUCUCGAGAACUGUGCGUCCAUCUGCAGCUUUUGUAGUCGAAUGAAGCGGGGCAGAAUUUACGCAUGUGCCAGGAAAAAUGGAUACAAUGUUCUUGCUCUGGGGCAGCACCUAGACGACUUGUGUGAAAGUUUCCUAAUGUCAUUUUUCCACAAUGGAAUCCUCAGGACCAUGAAGGCUCACUAUGAUGUAGAAGAGGGAGAUUUAAGAGUGAUAAGACCUUUCGUGUAUGUCAGAGAAAAAGAUUUGAGACUUUUUGCUGAAAAGAAUAAACUGCCAGUAAUAGCAGAAAAUUGUCCUGCAUGCUUUGAAGCACCAAAGGAGAGGCACAGAACAAAACAGUUACUUGCUGCUCAAGAGAUUCUUUUCCCCAAUUUGUACAAUAGCAUGAUGGCAGCCAUGAAACCCAUCAUGGCCAUUAAUAAAACAGGCGUUCGAAUCGGCGACAUUUUGAACACCAAAGAUGAAGAGACAGAUGAUAUGGACAUUUAAAUUUUCCUGUAUAUUUAUUGCAUAGACAUAAAAAUCAGAUAUUGUAUAAAUAAAUUGUUGAUUUGGAAAA